CAAAUUCAACGUUUCCGACUACUCUGAGUGUGCUUUGAAGUGCAUGGCAAAUGACACCUGUCAUUCAUACAAUCUUCAAGCCAAAAACAGUAGGCACAAGUAUCAAGUGUGUGAGUUAAAUAACCAAUCACGAAUAUCCAAACCUGGCGACUUUAAACACAGGCAGGGAUAUAUUUACAAUGGUGCUGUUCCGGUGUCCUGUGUUCCAAAAAUUUGCAUUGGGAAAGAUAACUGUCAGUGUCAUCCGGGGUACAAGGGAUUGGAAUGCCUGAUGGUGAGACUUGGCCAUUUUGCUGCAAAUCCUGGAAAAUCUUGCAAGCAUAUUCUUGAAGCAAAUGACUCUAAAGGAGAUGGGGAAUACUGGAUCGACCCUGAGGGCAAAGGAAACCCUUUGAAGGUCUACUGUGAUAUGAAAACUGACGGAGGAGGCUGGCUUCUUACUUCCAUCUUUAUGGUAGAUAGCUCGACCACUCCUCCCGCUUGGACCGUUGAGCCAUCGUACCGCGGGAUCAGCAAAUUCACCAAUCACAAAAUGGGUAUCACAAUUAGCGCCAUGAAAGAACUCAGAAGACACUUGUCUUUCACUCAGAUGAGAUUCCACUGCAGCAAACAACAGGGACGUACAUUCCACGUGACCACUGCUGCUAACAGCUCUGGUGAUGCUGUAGUCCAGUAUUUCAGCGGUCAGACGAACACCCGGCCAGACUCGUGUCUCUCUUUUGUUAGAAUGAAAGAUGACAACUCUUAUCUCGCCAGGGAUUGUGCCACAUGGGGAAACAACAGAUUCGCAGGCAAGUGGGGGCAUACAAUUAAAGCAGGUGAAACACGCUUGUACGAUCACACUGUAUAUGUUGCUCAUCAGUAUCACUGGAUGACAACCUCUGGAAACCGCUUGUGCGACGACAGGAACGGCGAUACCUUUAUAACUUUGUCAAAGGGAGACUUUUGGAAGAUUUUUGUUCGUUAAACAGUUGGCGACUCGCAGAAUUGACAGGAGAAAC